AUGAAUAACAAUUCUGAUGUUGACGGAGGAGUCAGAAACCAAAAUGGAGACCAAGACCAAGACCGAGAUCACCAGAUUCCCGGACACCUUUUGCAACUCGCACCGAGGCCUCGGAACGUGACGUUCACGAUGUCCGGAAGACAGGUGGAACUGAUGUAUAUUACAUGGGCAGCCGCGCGAAACCGCGUGCGUCAACAACUCUACAACCCCAACUUACCAUUUCAACCCUAUCCGCUGCCUCCGGUCUGGUCAGACGAAAUGCGCGCGAUGAUGGUGCUGUGGAUUGCGAGAGAGCGCCGGAUUUUCGAGAUGGAGAUAGAGGAAUUGGAGUGUCUCCUGGGACUCAGAGACCGUACGCAUGAAGAGGGAUGGAAGUUCCAAGAGGCCGAGAAUGAAGUUAAGUGGCUGCCCAUACUGGACACAUGCACGAUACAAUGUAACACCAAAUACUCCCACAUACAAAUUUAUGAAGUCGUAGUUGCUGCCUUCACGCCACAACGUCCUUCUCGGGUGCUUCUCGUGGAAAAGCAAGAGGAGGGACUCAAUCGGACUCUUGUCGUGUGA